AUGGAGAACGUCAAAGGGAUUGUAUAUUCAUUUUAUAAUAUACAACUUUUAUUUUUCAAGUUGUUAGGACUCUUCGGAUUGCCCGCACACUACCCAUCACUUUUGCAAUAUUUGUAUAAACUGUACUUUUGGCAUGUGGCGAUCUUUUGGAUGCUACUUUUCGAUAUCAGCAUGUGGAUUAAAAUAAUCGGCAACAUAUCGAAUCUGAACGAGAUUAUAAAAGUGUUUUAUCUUUGUUCAAUGGCUAUUGCGGUAAUGGCUAAAUUUGUGCGCAUUCGCCUAAAAAACAUUUCAUAUGUAGCAUUAUUCGCACGAAUCCACGACGAAGAUCUGCUGCCGGUCAAUGUAUCGGAACUAGAGAAGUUCACUCAAUCUUCACAUUUAAGCUGCAGAGUACGCAACAGUUACAUGUAUCUUUCAUUGACAUCACUAUCGUUGAUUUUCGUUACGCAGCUUAUAUCGGAGCCUGGCGAACUACCUCUAUCUAUUUAUAUACCCAUAAGUGUGGAGAACUUUUGGUGCUAUUUAAUAGCAUAUUUGUUUCAGUUUAUUGGUUUAUCACUAUGUUGUUUGCUUAAUAUAUCUUUCGAUUCUUUAAGUGCAUCAUUCUUCAUAUAUUUGAAAGGUCAGUUAGACAUUUUAGCAAAUCGGUUAGAAAAUAUCGGCAAGGAUCUGUAUGUAGAUGAUAAUAUAAUAAACCUACAGUUAAGAGAUUGCAUCCAACAUUAUGUAAAACUACGGAAAAUUGCAGAAAUCAUGGAAGAUCUUCUAAGCAUUCCAAUGUCUGUACAAAUGAUCAGUUCGGUACUCGUACUUGUAGCUAAUUUUUACGCAAUGACUUUUCUAACCGACCCCAGUGAUUAUGUUACAUUUAUAAAAUUUCUAGUAUAUCAACUUUGUAUGUUGUCCCAAAUUUUUAUGCUGUGUUAUUUUGCCAAUGAGGUGUCGCUCAGAAGUGCAGAGCUAUCAUACUCUUUAUACUCAUCCGAAUGGACUCGUUGCAGUAAAAUAAAUCGACGAUUGAUGUUAUUGAUGAUGGCCCAGAUGGAUCUACCAAUUCGAAUAAAAACAAUAAAUCGUUGCUAUUCUUUCAAUUUGCCAGCGUUUACUUCGAUAAUCAACUCUUCAUACAGCUACUAUGCCCUGCUGAAGAAAAUGAAAGACUAAAUGGAAUGUAAUAAAUGUAAUAAAUUUGAAUAUACAUAUUAUAUAUAAAUACUUGUAUAAUAAAAAAAAUGUAAACUAAGGGGUAAGAUUCAUUCAUCUAAGCUUAUACUAUUUUACAGUCUGAAAAUCAAAAUUAAUAUUAAAAUACCAUUGUCUCUAGAUUUAAAGCCCUUGUCAAAAAUAGUAAUAAUCGAGAUAGACACAGAGUUAUGCUUCAUAUUGUGUGAUCCAAGUAGAGGUACUUUUCUCAAUAGCCUUUUUUUGACAGAUCACGCGAGUUUUAGUUGUUCGAGCGGAGGAAUAAAAAUGCCGACGAUGUUACUUCUGUGACAUUAUAUUUUAUUCUGUCCCUUUUUCAAAUUAUGUUCUGCUUAUAUAACUACUAAAGUGAUUACAAUUUUCUUAAUCUAUUUCUUUGUUUUUUUUUUUUUAUUUUCUUAUGAAAUACAAUAUUUGUUAAAUGUAAUCUUAUUUUCUAUUGAAUGCAAACAAACAUGAUUGUGUGGUUUACCCGAUAAUGUCUGGGUUAUCAUUACAGUCAAACAUAAGGACCAAAACAUGUUUGUAUGCAUUUGCAUUAUGUUCUAUAUCUCUACUUGUCCAAUUUACAAUAUUUUGUUGUGUGGUGUCUGGUUGGGAUGAUAGUGUACACAUAACUCGCGUGAGUCGCGUCAAGGCGUCAUGUUAUUUUUGUUCAGUAUUGUUUAGAAUUUCAUCAUGGAAAGACUUACGCUUAAACUUUAUUACGAAAAUUCACCUUCUGUAAAGAAUGUGUUUCGCGCGCUUCGCUCAACUUAUGGUCAACAUAAUCGUCUUACUGAGUGUACUAUUAGCAUCAUCAUCAUCCAUCUCGAAACCCAGCAUUCAAUAUUGAAAAAUUUUCGACCGAACGUCCAGCACAUAAGGAAGGAAAUAUAGCAGUCUUCUUCUUCUUCUUUACUGGCGUAGACACCGCUUCCGCGAUUAUAGCCGAGUUAACAACAGCGCGCCAGUCGUUUCUUCUUUUCGCUACCUGGCGCCAAUUAGAUAUUCCAAGCGAAGCCAGGUCCUUCCAACGAAGUGGAGGUCUUCCUUUUCCUCUGCUUCCCCCGGCGGAUACUGCGUGGAAUACCUUCAGAGCUGGAUUGUUUUCGUCCAUCCGGACAACAUGACCUCGCCAGCGUAGCCGCUGUCUUUAAAUUCGCUGAACUAUGUAUGUCUAGGAGAAUGGAGUCACGUGUAGAAGUUCACGAAAGUGAGGAAAGUUCUCUGAUCACCUUCACUUGGGAGUGGCCAGAAACGAUCCUUUUACAUAUGGCUCAAGCAGCUCACGACUUCCGGUCUUUGACCAAGUAUCCUCUGAGUAGCCUAAGAACAUCCUUUUGAAGGCGAACUAAAGUGAGAAGGCGAAACAUCCCCUUCAUAGGUGUGUGCACUGAUUUGGGACCCGCCACGUAAAAAACCACCCCCAUGAAAAUUAACAGCCGGUAUGUAAACAAGAAAAAUUGCCUCAUUUGGGACGAAGAGUAACCUGAAGAGAUUCAAGAGAUGCUAUUUCAUCAUGGUUUGAGGGCCGGAUUGAAUUUAUUGAUAGAGCACUUCGGUGAGCAGAUAAUUUCACAUUUUGGGCCGAUCGAUUGGCCACCAAGAUGUUGUGUCAUUCGCUAGUUACAAGUCAAAAUGCUCGAACGAGUAUUGAAAGUUGGAUUCAACGGAUGGAUUGUCUGAGACGAAGCAGCCGCUAGUUUUUGACUGAGAUAAUCUUCAAAAAAUUAAUUCCAAGGAACGUUCUUUCGAAUGAUAAUGAACAUUCUCCAUUAAAUUUUAAGUUUCUGUAUUUUUUCUUUAAAAAAUAAGGGAACCUCAAAAUGAACCACCUUUUAUUUCAAAAUAGUGUGUAUGAUAAGUAGAGGAAUUGGUUUCCGGGUGUCUGUCUCAACAUCCAUUGAGUAUAAAUUGAUAUAUGUAUGUACAUACUUAUUUUCAUAAAACCUUCAUUCCUCCGAAAUAAUUUAGAGAACGAAGUACAGAAACAUUGACAUACAUAUUAUAUAUCAACCAAAUAUAACGGGUGGGCCAUAUAAAAUUUUAAAUUUAAAGAUAGGGCGUAAAAGAUUGAGUGUAGCGUUUGCUGUAUGGCACGUAGCGCCGCCCUGCUGGAACCAAAUGUCGUCCAAGUCUUCCUCUUCAAUUUGCUUGAAAAAAAAUUCGGUUCGGUUCGCGAUAUCGCUCAUCAUUGAUGGUUACGGCGAUUCCUUCUUCAUUUUCGAAGAAAAACGGGCCGAUAAUUCCACCAGACCAAAAUCCGCACAAGUGCAUUGGCUUUUCGACGAUUACGUGCAGGUUUCCUGUACCCCAAAUGUGACAAUUCUGCUUGUUAACGUAACCAUCGAGGUGGAAAUGAGCCUCGUCCGAAAAGAUGAUUUUUCGGUAAAAUUGACCAUCCUCGGUCAAACGAUAUUCUGCCCAAUCUGCGAACUGUAGACGGCUUUUUUCUAAUGAACGACCCAUUUCGUAAAUUUUAGACAUUUUACUGAAUAUCUGUCACUUUCCGAAUGGUAUUUGACGUUUCCACUGUCGAAAUAUAGAUAAUUCAAAUUUAACACGUUAGAUGACCCACCCUAUAUAAUUAGAGUCAAGACAAAUCUUCCCCUAGUCCUAGCAAUAUAGGAAGUUUUUAUCUUUUGGUGAGUUAAUGUGGUAUAGCUAUAAAUUAAAGCCGUCCAGACAUUCGUCUUCACCCAAGACACCAAAUCUAAAAAUGUAAGAUUUACCCAUUUUUUCUAUUGUUUAUAUCGAAUAGAAUAUUUUAACCGUAAGGGGUUAUUCCUGUCUUAAGCCCUCAGACAAUUAAACAUGUUUUUUAAUGUGUAGAAAUUUUAUAUUGACAUUUAUUAUAUCGAGUAUAUUGCUGAUAGGACAAUGUAUGCAAUAAUUGCCUUAAUUAUGGCAUUACUUAAGUGCACAUGCCCAAAAUAGCAGAAU